AUGAUCAACCUUCGCCUUCCCUUCUUCAAAGGACAUUAUGGUGUGGACAUUCCAGCCUGUCCGGGAAAUUUUCAGGCUCGGGCGGGCACCUGGGUAGAACCACCGACAUUCCGCAAGCUAGCUGAUUUAUGGACUCAAGUGCCAUCAACAACAACUCAGUACAGCAACAUCUCUGGCUCUCACUGUCACACUACAUCUCUGGCUCUCUCUGUCACACUACAUCUCUGGAUCUCACUGUCACACUACAUCUCUGGCUCUCACUGUCACACUACAUCUCUGGCUCUCACUGUCACACUACAUCUCUGGUUCUCACUGUCACACUACAUCUCUGGCUCUCACUGUCACACUACAUCUUUGGCUCUCACUGUCACACUACAUCUCUGGCUCUCACUGUCACACUACAUCUCUGGCUCUCACUGUCACACUACAUCUCUGGCUCUCACUGUCACACUACAUCUCUGGCUCUCACUGUCACACUACAUCUCUCGCAGUGCUGUUAUGAUCGUGAGAUGCCUGAUUGUGUUUCGAAAAGGCAUGAAGUCUGUGUCCGCUUUUCAUCCGUUGUCAUCUUCGAACCCAACCCGGCUACUAGAAGUUCAAGCUGGUGAUCAGACUGUACUAAGGAAUCGGAAACCGCAAAACAAGAAAAUGAUUAAACCGACGUUUCCGAGCAAUUUAGACAAAAUCGGACUUCUUCUCAAACCAAUCAAGUACGAUACGCCAUGCAAAUCCAGUAUUGAGAAACAUUCAGCUGCAAAUUUGCACAGCUUAGAUGAAUUUCAUUCUGCUACCAAAGAGUUGUUUAACCCGACGGCAUAUAUAGACCCCGAGUCCCACGGGGACCCCGUCUUUGUUACUGCCGCAUCCUCCAACCACUUCACGGAGGUUCUGGGGCUAAUAGAGAACAUGAACGCCGUAGUGAGGCGGUGGAUGCCACAUUUUACACUGUACAUAUUCAACCUGGGACUCAACAACACCGAGCUUAACCAGAUACGUAACGUCUGCCGAUGUCAUAUUCUACGUUUCCCGUUUGACCGUUUCCCUGACCACGUGCGGGUUUUGUUUGGCUACACAUUUAAACCUCUCAGUAUACAGUUGAUUGCCAAAGACCAUCCAUUCCUGGUAUGGAUGGACACGUCAGUUCGCUUCAAGUCUGUUGACCCUCGACCGAUGUUCCGAUCCUGCAGACAUCAAGGCGUGGUCGGAGUUAAGGGGUCUGGAUCUAUAGCAAGACGGACACUACCGAACACAUUCGCGUACUUCAACAAAGAACCAUGCGCGUUCAGAAAGCUUCCGGAGAUUCAAGCAACCUUCAUUGUGCUGACAGUGGACCGGUUUGUGAGUGAGAGUAUCAUCAAGCCGUGGGUAGGCUGUGCUCUCACGCCGGGGUGCAUGCUUCCUCAGCCAGAUCCACAACCUUACAUAAACUGCUUCACACAUGGGGACGUGUAUGGAGAGUGUCAUAGGUUUGACCAAUCAGUGCUGGGAAUUCUUCUGUACGCGAAUUACGGGUCAGACAUCUACCAUGAGCAGCUUAGCGACAAUGGACCUCACUUUUGUAUGAAGCGUGCAUGCUCUUCAAACGGAAUUGGAAUACGUAUUAACAAUAUGGGUCUGAGAUUUAAAAACUUACUUGGUUCAUUAAACGGUGCUACGAAUUGA